AUGACUCUAAUUCAUAUUGUCCUUUUCAAAUUCCGCCCUGGAAUUAGCGAUGAACAGAAGAAUGCAUUUAUUCGAGAACUGAAGACAUUGAAAAACCUCCCCUCCGUCAAAAACGGACGGCUCAUUGUUGGGAGCCCCAGUGUUACGGACCCCAUUGAACGCAGCAAGGGCUUCCAGAUUGCUCUUGUGAGCUACCAUGAGGAUUUGGCAGCAUUGGCGGAAUAUCAAGCGAGUGAAGAGCAUCACCGCGUGACUUCUACGUACUUUAUUCCCUACCGAGAGGACCUGGUCCGGUUUGAUUUCGAGGUGGAUGCUGAGGAUGAAUAUAUGUGCCAAUUUCCUUUGUUAACCUAG